AAUCCAAGCCGAACUGACAUUUCUCAUCAAAAUGGCAGCCUAGAAGUGUGAUUAUAGAGAGUACAAUCUGAUCUUUGUUAAAAAUGGCUAAUAUUAUCGAAAGCGUUAUUAUCAGUGCCCAAGAAAGUGAAAAUAGAGUUAACCAAGCAGCGAUUCACGGGAAAAUCGUUAAGAAAAAGUUUAUAACAAAACACAGAACGUAUCUUCAAACCGCAGGUUUGUUUAAAGGGAGAACCAUCUGGUUUAUGGACAAUCGACAUCGCCACGGCAAAAAUUUGUGUAUGUUGCAUACGAGAUCUAUGUGUUGCGUCUAGAUAGAAGAAAUUAACGAAAAAAUGUGGAGUAUUGUGAAUUCCAUGGGUAACCCAGCCCAUAACAUGGGAGCGUACAAAAGCCAGAAGCGCGAGUUCAGCUUGAGCGUGGAAAAAGUUCCUAUAGUCCCUGGAAAGACUUUUUCUAACCCAAACUUUGUGAUAAAACAUCAUCCUAGCAUACACAGCCACAGAAAUAACUUCAUUCCAAUACCCGUCGAAAAAUUCAGUCAUACUGACAGUUCGAACACGAGCAGUAAGCCACAGAAUACAAACAGCGCCUUGAAAAAUUCUAGUCAAAGCCUAGUAGACACCCUUAAAAAGCACCACCUUGACACUAUCAAAAGCCCCGAGAUAGUUGAAACAUCACCCGCACAACCAAUGUGCAGCAAGAAACGGUCCAAAAGAAAUCGUAAAAACAGGCGAAGGAGAACGCCUGAUAAAAAUACCAACACCAGAAACUACAUAAAGGACAUGAUGGACGUAGAAAUCGACUUGGACACGUCCCUCAGUUAUACAGACAUUUCCGUAAGCCCGAAGAUGCCACACACCACCUUCAACUUGACUGAUUUCAUAGUAAAUAAGCCCUGUAAAAUUCCUAAAGCAGCGACAUGUACAAAUAACGAGUACGACACCGACGAGGAUGAAUUCGUGGCUACGAUUAUUUCAGUCUCCCCAUCAAACGUUAAUAGGGCCUGUAUGAGGGAACGACAAGUGUCUGUAUCCGAGUCAGAAGACAGCUUUAUCGUGUUCAACGACAGGACUGAUGAGGGACUUGAAUCAUCGGAAGAAUCCGAGAGCGAGAGCGAGGAUGAGUGGGAAGAGACAGAGGACGAGGGGGAAGACGAAGUCGAUUUUGCUUCACCAGCAAUACCGAUCAAGAGGGUCAGAUUUGCCGGAGACGAGGAACUCUGCCAGGUCCACAACAUGGUGCAGUGGUCCUUCGCGUACCAGCAGGCGAGAAAGGGGCCCUGGGAGGAGUACGCGCGGGACAGGGACAGAUUCAGCAGGAAAGUGGCGGAUAUCGAGAAGAUACUGACGCCCGUGUUCGAUGCAGCUCACAGGAGCAAGGUGUAUCGGGAACGGUUCAAAGAUAGAACUUUUAAAAAGUAAACUUGUGGGGUGUUUCCUCAGCCGGGGUCGGUAUCGUUGCAAUGUUGGGAAAAGUAUUUCACAAUGUUACUUACUCUCCUUACGAUUUAAUUGAAAUGUUGCUUAGUCAUCCGGCGAGUCGCAUCUCUGUGAAAUUGGAUUUCUUUGUUGUGAAAUGUGGGCACGGUACCGACCUCAUUUAGAUCAAGGCUGUGAUCUGUAGUUAAAUUAUACAAAUAUCUUCAAUCUACUUCAAAUCAAUUCGAACAGAGAAUAUAUUACAUCUUCUGCUGUGAUAAUUUUUGUACAAAAAUAGGGUAGUGUUAAAGAUCUGACGACAUAAGCCUUUGGCGAAAUCCGAUGUAAGUAGUCAUUUUGUUUCGCGUUUAUCUUUACAAUGACUUUCCGUUUUUUAUAAUGCUUGAUCAUUUGAAGUACGUUGAAUUUAUUUUAUCUGUUUUUUUUUAUUCCUAUUAUUUAAAUUCUGUGGACUUUGCAGUCGAUAGCACUUAAUUCUCAGAUAUUUCUAUCUAGAGAUAUAUUUUUAUUUUUGGAUGACCUUAUCUUUCUAGCACCUAGUUUUAAUUUAACUUCUAUUCUUUAUUUAUUCGAAAAAGCUAUUUUCCUGCAUUGUUAUAUUAAGUCUUGCCUAUUUCAUCAUAUAUAGGGUGUUUACGGGGCAAAGUACAAUGAAAAAA